AUGUUGGCAAACUUUGGUCCCAAAAAUAAUACUGACCCUAUCAUACCUGUGGUACCUGAUGAAUGGAUGGAAAAAUUGGACGUUGGAAUGCGACAUGGUACUAGUGGUGUUGUUGAAGAAUUAACAUCAAAAUGGGAGGCUGAAUUUUUUGGCCAAGAGGACGAUGAAGAUGAAGAUGAAGACGUAUUAGAGUCAUUGG